AUGAUGUUACUGUCUCCUGAAUCUAAGAUUGGUCUUAUUCUUAAUUACCGCUUUGAAAUCACGAAUAUUCUAGGUAUAGGUUCACAUGGAACAGUGUAUCUUGCAAUAGAUUUAUAUACAGGAGUGUAUUAUGCAAUCAAAUCACUUUUGAAAACAAAAGAUGUUCGUGAGCGUGUAGAAAGGGAAGUAAUGUUGCAUAUGCGGGCUCAGUUUCACCCGCAUAUUGUUUCUAUUCGUGAAGUUCUGGAUUCACCAGAGUGUUCUUAUAUUAUAAUGGAAUAUUGCUCAGAAGGAGAUCUUUUUACCGCAAUUACAGAGAGGAACUGGUAUUAUAGAAAUGAUGCUUUGAUUAAGAUGUCUUUUUUGCAGCUGAUUGAUGCAGUUGAAUAUUGUCAUUCUCUGGGGAUUUAUCAUUGUGAUCUUAAACCGGAAAAUAUUCUUGUUUUUGAUUCAGGGAGAAUUAUUAAGUUGGCAGACUUUGGACUGGCAACGACUGAUGUUUAUACUACAGAAUUUGGGUGUGGCUCAACAUUUUAUAUGUCUCCAGAAUGCCUUAAAUCAAAUGAAAAUUCUUUAUAUUAUGCACCUGCACCAAGUGAUGUUUGGUCAUUGGGUGUUAUAUUAGUGAAUUUAGUUUGUGGAUGCAAUCCAUGGAAGCAAGCAUCUUUUAUACAUGAUGAGACUUAUCGAGCUUUUCUUAAAAAAACAAUUUCUCUUCGUUCAAUUUUACCACUUUCAUUUGAAUUGGAUUUAAUUCUUCAGCGUGUUUUUGAUCCUAAUCCAGUUACUAGGAUUACUCUUACAGAUCUGCGUAUUUCUAUUAUGAGUUGUGAGAAAUUUACUGCUUCAUUUGAAUGCAAUAAAGACGUUGCAGAUUUUAUGGAAAACUGUUCUUUGUUUUAUGAAAAUAAUGUUAAUAAGGCAUCUGCUAAUCGACUUUUGACACCGGUUUCUUCUUUUUCUUGUCAAGAAAAUUCAAUGACACCAUCUAUAUCAAGAAAAAAUACUGCAUUAGAUCCCUUGAAUAUUCCUGUAACUCCGGAUUCUCCUAAACAGUUUUUUUAA